CACUGAGGUGAAUCAAAGAAAAAGUAGCAAAAUGAGCAGUAGUCGUUGGAGGCAGUAAUUAUGACAUCCUCAAAGAUAUUGUUGAUGCUUUGCUCUCAUUUGGUUACCAUCAAAAGAGAACAUAUAUAACAUUUCUAUAAUAAACUCAUGAUGAUAAAGGAGAAGAUCAUCAUAUACAUGAACGAUCCAUAAAGCUCAACAAUCACAUCAUGAUUCAUUCAUAUUACAAACCCAAAUCUCACUGCCACGUCACAUAACAUUCCUCCUCACCAUUUAGUUACUAUCUGUGUCACGCUUUUUACCCUUACCAUCAAGUUUCCUCUCUCUGUUGGUUUUUUUCUUUCUUUGAUUGCAGCAGAGAACAACGAAAACAAAACCAGACAUGUUUUAUUGGGUGAAAUGAAAUUAAAGAGAAGAACACAACACAAAAAUAACUCACCAUGAAAUUGAAACCUUAUUUUUUGAUCCUAUUAUCAUUGUCUCUCUUCACUCCACUCAAUAGUACUCCCAAUGCAAGAAGAAUCCUCCACCAACCGCUUUUCCCGGCGGGCUCCGCUCCGCCACCAUCCACCCCUCCUCCGCCGCCACCAGACACUCCGUCGUCCCCCGACAUCCCUUUCUUCAACGAGUACUCGCCACCGCCGCCGGACCAGGCCCUGACACAACCGCCGCCGUCGGCCUCAAUUGCCUACCCGACGGCGACGAAACCGGCCAAGCCGGCAAAGAAAGUCGCAAUUGCAGCCUCCGCGGCGGUUGUCACGGUGGCGGUUCUCUCCGCACUCGCGUUCUUCUUGUACAAGCACAGGGCCAAUUCCAAUUCAAAUCAAACCUCCUCAGAGAAUCACAAACUCGUUGUCGAUGGUGGUGGUGGUCGUGGAAACUCUCGAAGGGUUCUAGAUGAUUCUCCGAGGGCCCCACCACCACCACCACCGUCGAGCUUCCUCUACAUUGGAACUGUAGAGCCAAGCAGAACGUCGGUGAGCGACGCUCAAAAUCUCAAUUCUGCUAAGCUCGCUUCCAAUUACCGUUACCGGCCGAGCCCCGAGCUGCAACCGUUGCCGCCGUUGAGCAAACCCCCCGACGAGAUCCACUCGCCGCCGGCAGCUUCUUCUUCCUCGCCGUCUUCGUCGGAGGAUGCAGAAAGCCGUGAGACGGCGUUUCAUUCGCCGCACGGGUCGUCGGUGAGCCACGACGACAACAACUAUUACACGCCGGUUUCGCGCCACAGCUCUGUCGCCAACGGUAGCCCCGCCGCGGCGACGGCGGUUCCGUUCUCGAAGAGGACUUCGCCGAAAUCUCGGCUUUCUGCUUCGUCGCCGGAUAUCAGGCACGCCAUGAUUCCGUCCAUUAAGCAUAAUCCCCUUCCUCCGCCGCCUGCGCCACCUGCGCCGCCGUCUACCCAAUUGGACGGUGGUCCUUCCAGGAGGCCGAAAUUUUCAACGCAUCCUCCAGCGCCGAAUAUGGCUUCACUCAACACUCCUCCUCCUCCUCCUCCACCGCCACCGCCUCCGGCAGCAAGGAAGGUUUGGUCUCCGGCGAUUACUACCAUGCACUCGUCCUCUGUAUCAAAGCAGCAACAAUCUUCAUCUUCAAUUGAAGGAGAUGCUUCUUCCAAUGGUGUGAGUUCAGUGAGUGUGAGCAAACCUUCAGAGGAAGGUGAAUCCAUGAUGGAAGGAGGAAAACCCAAGUUGAAGGCUCUGCAUUGGGAUAAAGUGCGUGCUACCUCAAACCGUGCCACUGUAUGGAACCAGUUAAAAUCAAGCUCAUUUCAGUUAAAUGAGGACAUGAUGGAGACCUUGUUUGGCUUCAAUUCUACAACAAAUUCUGCUCCUAAAGAGACAACAACAACAAGUGUUGUUAGAAAACCAGUUUUCCCCCCAGUUGAACAAGAGAAUAGGGUGUUGGAUCCCAAGAAAUCACAAAACAUUGCUAUACUGCUCAGGGCACUGAAUGUGACAAGAGAUGAGGUAUCAGAAGCUCUUUUAGAUGGAAAUCCUGAAGGGUUGGGUGCUGAGCUAUUGGAAACACUAGUGAAGAUGGCUCCAACAAAGGAGGAAGAGAUAAAACUAAAAAAUUACGACGGCGACCUUUCAAAACUUGGGUCUGCGGAAAGAUUUCUUAAAGCAGUGCUUGAUAUCCCUCUAGCUUUUAAAAGAGUUGAAGCCAUGCUGUACAGAGCUAAUUUUGAAACAGAAGUUAACUACCUUAGGAAAUCCUUUCAGACCUUGGAGGCAGCAAGUGAGGAAUUGAAAAACAGCCGGUUAUUCUUCAAACUUCUUGAAGCUGUUCUCAGGACAGGAAACAGAAUGAAUGUUGGCACCAAUCGCGGUGAUGCUAAGUCUUUCAAACUAGACACACUCCUAAAACUAGUAGAUAUAAAGGGAACAGAUGGAAAGACCACAUUGCUACACUUUGUGGUCCAAGAGAUCAUUAGAUCUGAAGGUACAGGUGGUGAAUCUGCAAAUGAGAGUGUUCAAAACCAAACGAAUUCCCAAUUCAAUGAGGAUGAGUUCAGAAAGAAAGGACUGCAGGUUGUGGCUGGACUGAGUAGAGACCUUGGUAAUGUCAAAAAGGCAGCAGGAAUGGACUCUGAUGUCUUAAGCAGCUAUGUAUCAAAGCUUGAAAUGGGGCUGGAUAAAGUGAGAUUGGUUUUGCAGUAUCAAAAGCCAGAUAUGCAAGGAAGCUUCUUUAACGCGACAGAGAUAUUUCUGAAAGAUGCUGAGGAGAAAAUUAUUGUGAUCAAGGAUGAUGAGAGAAGGGCUUUGUUCCUUGUGAAAGAAGUUACAGAAUACUUUCACGGGGAUACGGCAAAAGAAGAAGCGCACCCUUUCAGAAUUUUCAUGAUUGUAAGAGACUUUCUAAAUAUUCUUGAUCAAGUAUGCAAAGAAGUGGGAAGGAUGCAGGAUAGGACUGUGAUCGGUUCAGCCAGAUCAUUCAGGAUAGCUGCAAAUGCAUCAUUACCGGUUCUCAACAGGUACCACGCAAGACAGGAUAGAAGUUCAGAUGAGGAAAGCUUAUCUCCCUAGUGUUGUGAAUAUGAAAGAAAUGACAGUCUCUCAGUAUAACAUUUAAAGUAAAUGUCUAUAACAGGAUUUCUCCCAUUACUUAGAGAAUCCCAUUCCACAAGUAGUAGUGAAGAAUUACAGCUUUCAUUUAGACUGAAGAACAAACACGUAACAAAGAUGGUGGGGUAGACAACAAGCUGUUCAGGGGAUCCAUACCAUGUUUACUAUCUACACUCAACUUCAUAAGAAACUGUAAUGAACUGUUAAAUGGUAAGUGCAUUAGUGCAAGACACGAAUUUUUUUUUUUGAUUCUGCUAAUCAAACAAAUAUGCUGUAGUUCAGAUAGAUUUUAUAGAUUAGAGCCCCACACAUCUUCAUAUUAUAGAAGGUUUCCAUUUUAUAUGUAUUUUUUGAAUCAACUAUUAAUAAUAAGUAGCAGAUUUGCAGAAGUUUCUUUA